AGUUAAAACAGCAACAAUCAAGACAGAGAGAGUUACCCACAACUGGAUUGAUUUAUCGUGUGCCAUUUCGAACUUCUAUUUACUGCCACCAGAUGUCAUGGUAACUGUCAGAUCCCUAUACCAAUUUAAUUAUUUCAACCAACGGUGUAAUCGACUAAAAUCUGUAUCAGUUGGUCCAAAUAAACUUGCCGUGAUAGCAGCUGGUAGCUGAUGUUAGCAAAUCUUUGUUUCUGUAUACAUAUAAUAGAUAUUAGUUUAUAUAAAGUACAAACAAUAAUCUAAGAUUAAUCGCACCAAGAAUAAUGACACUGAAAUAAGGUAAUUCGCAUCGAUAAAAACAUAAGACGAUCAUCGUAAUCGUCGAUAUCGAUAAGAAAGAAAAUUAUGGCGACAAGCGAGAGACUUCCAAUAUCGCCAACGCGGGGUUCGCAAACGCAAAUAAAGCUGCGUCUAACCUCGGCGAAGAAAGGACACAAUUUAUUGAAAAAGAAAGCCGACGGUCUUCAGAUUCGUUUCAGGACAAUAUUAAUGAGAUUAAUUAAAAAUAAAGUAUCUACCGGAGAAGCCAUGAAAGAAGCAUCCUUCUCGUUAGCCCAGGUGAAGUACAUAGCCGGUGAUAUACACCAGCUGGUGCUACAAACGGUGGACAGAGCGAGAAUAAAGAUCCGAUCAAGAAAAGAGAAUGUGGCCGGCGUGAAUCUCCACCUUUUUGAGUAUUACGAAGACGCAUCGGAUACUUAUGAAUACGCUGGUUUAGCCAGAGGCGGACAGCAGCAGGUGUCUAACCUAAAAAAGAACUACCGCAGGGCAAUAGAACUCCUUGUGGAAUUGGCAUCCCUGCAAUAUGGUUUCGUUACCCUGAACGAAGUGAUUACAUCGACGAAUCGACGUAUAAACGCCAUAACCUAUAUUCUCAUACCCAGGUUAGAGUGCACCCUGAGGUACGUCAUCAGUGAACUGGACGAGCGUGAACGCGAGGAAUUUCAUCGUUUAAAGAAAUUGCAAGACAAGAAGAAAAUGAGAGCAAAGCUUGCAUCUCAGAUGACAACAUACGAUUACCCUGCGGUAGAGGCUUAUCAUAUCCUGGGUGAUGAAUCCGACGAAGAUAUCCUCUUCUGAGUGUUCAGCAACACGCAAAACUGCAUCUUUUCGUGAUCUCCAAAGAAAACCACUGCUAUUCACGUACAUGUGAUACUCGUCGGGCCCCGUUUUAGGGCCUUAUUUUCGUGCUGCUUCUUUCUGCUAUGCCGAAGUACGCCCGUAGAAAGGUUCGAGCGUGCAGCAACGGCAGCGAGGUCUCAUUAUCAUAUCCCAGUGUUUGGCGGCGGUUAAGGCCGGCUUUAUGGGCUGUAUUUUCUUGGUAUAAUUGGGCCUCGUCUCCGAGGCCGCUACUCCCAUCUUGACUGCAAGAUCCUGCUACACCCGUCUCUUCCUUUUGGUUCAUUAAUUAAUUUCGUUCCCGUUUCUUAUUUACUUGGGAGAGGUGUGAACACGCCUCGUUUGAUACCUCAUCCUCUGGAGCCAGUAUACAAGGAAUGCACUGGGUGUGCAUAUGUAUAUGUACUUCAGUGUAGCCGCCGCUGGGAUUUAAGUGGAGCCGAGGAGAAACGACUGCAGGAAUGGUGGGGAUAAACAGACGCCGCAAGCUGCUACUACGGCGGGAGGUUUAGUAAUGUAAGAAGCGUUGAACGGGGAGGUUGUGUCGCGGUUGGAUUCUGUGUUUACGCGUCAAGAAUCGCGCGAAUAUUGAAAUCUUAUUUUUUUUUUUCUUUGAAUAUAAAAUCGAAUCGUGUCUCGUGAAUAUUUAAGUGAGUGGGAACAAAUGCGUUGUAUUGUUCCGAAGUAAAAAUUUAACAGUGAAUACAGUGACUUCAAAUUGGAGAAUUAAAAAGUUUCUGUACUAUUAGGAAUGAAUUUUUGCUUCGUCUUUUAAUAAGUGUUGGAUUUUUCCUGUUUCGUUGAAAUUUUAAUUCGAAUGAACGAAUACGUUACGUCUAAAGGAUGCAUUGAGAGCUAUCAUGAUUUCGUUGAAAUGUAUUUCCCCGGCUGUGCGACUGUCAGCCGUCCGAUAAUGAAUUGACCAAUGACAUAACGUGAUUUUGCUCUGUGACAUUUUAAAUACGUGCGACACGCGUUAAUAUCUUUCACGUAAGUCUUGUGCAAUUGUUUUGUCAUUAAUUUUUAAAAUUAUCUUUAAACUGUUUUAUGAGACUUAUUAACGAGAUGAUAACAGGAUUCUAUAAUCUGACGUUUACUUCGCUAGAUGAGCCUCGGGUGAUUUUCAAAUAAUUUACAAGGCUUCGGAUUGUUAAGAAGUUCAAACUUGCCGCGCUUUUAAAUACACUUGAAUAUCGUAGUAAUCCGUGAAAUUGCAUGUAAAACGUUAACCAUGAAAUCACAGUGAAUAGUGAUUAACUACAAUACUAAUAUUCCGAAAGAAAUAUAUCGCUAGUCUUUUCAAAAAUUAAAUUAUUAAAUAAAUAAUCAACA